AUGAGGUUUGGAGAAUUAUUUGGUGUGAGGAAAUGUGUUACUUCCUUUGGAUUUCAAGAGUUGGUUGGAUACGUAAGGGCCAAAUGGGGCUCGUUGCACCAGAACACCAUGUCUCUCACGUAUACGGUUGUUGGUCAUGGGGAGGGUGUGUUGUGUGAUGAUGACGAUGUGUUUUACAUGCUGUCAUUAGCGCGCGAUAUGUCUCUUGAUCGUGUUGAAGUGAGUGUUAAACAAAGAGAGGGAGUUGUUCCUGAUGUGGUAUCAAGUGUAUCAUGUUUGUCUAAUCGCGCACAGAUGCAUGACGAGGUUGCGUUCGAAUUUGGUCAAGGUAGUGGAAUCAAUCACGUGCAAAAUGCUGGAAUGUGUGGUCAAACUCAGUUGAUGAGUGCUAACUGGGCUGAUUUGAUCAAGGAUGUUGGUCAAGUUUUUCGUGGAGGUGCUGUGGAGUUUAGGAAAGCUUUAUGCAUGUAUUCGGUGGAAACUGGAUUUGAGUUUACAUACGUUAAGAAUGAGCGUGUACGUGUCACAGCUGAAUGCAGACACAGGACAUUAAAGAAAUGUAUGUGGAGGAUACACGCAUCAGUUGAGAAGGCCAAUGGUUAUUUUUAUAUAAAGAAAUUUGAGAAGCAUCACACUUGUGGAUCUUCUUUUGGGUCGUCAAGGCAGAAUAGAAUGACGUCUGACAUUAUUGCUAGUAUGAUAGUUAAUUUGGUACGAGCGAAGCCAGACAUGGUUGCUAAUGAUGUUGUUGUGGAUAUGAAGCUGAAUUAUGGAGUCGACAUUAGCUAUUAUGUGGCUUGGAGGUCUGUGACGGCAGGGAAGCAACAUGUUUUUGGUGAUGAUACUAGUUCAUACUCACACUUACCGUCGUACUUUGAAGAACUUGGUCGUACCAAUCCGGAUAGCGUUUACAAUCUUGACAUCGAUGCAGAUACGAUGAAGUUUCGACGUUGUUUUUUUGCUUUUGGUGCAUGCUUGUCGGGUUUUAAGUCAUGUCGACCGUCACUCUCCCUGGAUGGAACAUUUCUGCACAACAAACACAAGGGCAUUUUGUUAACUGCAAUUGGGCAAGAUGGUCAUAAUAAAUUGUACCCAGUUGCAUUUGGCAUAGUUAGUGAAGAAUCUGAUAGCAAUUGGGCUUACUUUCUUACUCAUUUGAGGGUUUGCAUUGGCACGGAUCGUGUGGUGACGUUUUUCUCGGAUCGCAAUCAUGGUAUUUUGGAUGGGGUGAAAAAUAUAUUCCCUGAUUGUCUUCAUAUAUACUGCUUGUAUCACUUGCAAUUAAAUUUGUCAAGUAAAUGUAGAGGUUGUCCAUCUGGUUUUCGAAAGAAGAUGGCUCAUUUGUUUAAUGCCUGUGCCUACGCUCCUACGAAAUCUGAGUUUGAUGUGCAUAUAAAGGAGUUUAUAGAAACUGGAGGUACAAGGAUUAUAAAUUUUCUAGCAGACCUUCCGUAUAACAACUGGACUUGUGCACAUUUUGAGGGGAAUAGAUAUGGGCAGAUGGCAUCUAGUGUUGCAGAAUCGUGGAAUAUGAAGAUUGGCGGCAUUCGUGGCCUGCCUAUAACAGAUGUGGUUGAUGGUCUUAGGAGUAUUAUGAUGGUGGAAAUGUGUGUAAGGGCAGAGGAGGCUGCGGUUAUGUCAACUGUACUUUGCACUCCCAUUCAGGGUGCUGUUAAUAAACUAGUACAUGACAGUAGAGUUUUGACAACAAAGAGGGCAUCGGAGUACAUUUACGAGGUGCUUAGUACUCCAACAGCUGUUGUUGACAUUCGCAACAGGUCGUGCACGUGUAGAGCGUGGCAAGUCAACGGUCUGCCGUGUAUACAUGCUGCGUGUGUUCUGUUCCAUAACAAUAAUGAUGGUUACGCAUAUGUUGACUACUAUUACACGGUUGAGUGUUAUAAAACCACGUAUUCGCACAGUAUUUAUCCAUUUGUGAAGCCAGAUUUUGAUGGUGAUUUGCCUUUGGUUGGACCUCCAGAUUAUCAUAUUCGGCGUGGCAGGCCGAAGGUGAAGAGAAUUCCUUCGAGAGGUGAGAAGGUUAAGAGGAAGAUAAAAUGCAGCUCAUGCAACCGUAUGGGCAAUCACAACAAGAAAACGUGCAGGAGGCCUGUAUGA